ACAGACAGAGGCUGAAAACGAAGCUGGGCUCAAGGGCUGUCCCACCACUCUGAGCUUGGGGUCUUGAGGGGCGGAGACCCCUGCCAGGCUCCCCUGGGGUUCAGAGGGUGGGGGGUCCCAGGAGGGUUCCGAGCUCAGACAGAAGUCUCUCUGUCUCUCUCUCUCUCUCUCAGUCUCUCUUUUUGUCUCUUUCUCUCUCCCUCUCCCUCCCUCUGUCUCUCUCAGUCUCUCUCUCUCUCUCUCUCUCACACACACACACACACACACACACACACACACGGAUCCAUGGGGAGUCACCCCCACCCUGGGUUCCAGAGAACCACAUCCGCUGGGUACCGGCUCCCCUCCACCAGGCCGUCCGCCUUACACACCCCCACUGCCCAGAGCGGCCCCGCGGUGAGCAGGGGUCUCGCUGGCGGUCGCCGAGCCCCCCAGGCCCCCAGAACUGAUGGUGUGCAGCAGGAUCAACUGUGGAGGGAGCUCCUGGAGGCCGAGAGACGGGGCCAGUGGCGCUGGGCUCAGAACUGGAGUUUCCUGAAAGACUAUGAUCCCCUGGGCGAGAAGAAGGAGCCUGUGACAUUGCCGGAGAACGUGCCUUUCUUUUCUGACGCAGUCCCCAGUUCCACGAACCAGGUUGUGGGCAGCAGGGUGGACACGCCCCUGGGGCAAACCCUCAUCGGCAUGGACUUCUUCUUCGUGGAGGGGGUCCGGAAGAAGAAGCUGGAAGCCGAGCUGCAGCCCGUGUAGGAGGAGGAGGGCCAGGGCCGGCGGGCCUGCCCCAGGUGCAUGCGUUGGUUGCAGUCGUGCUGAGUGACAUCCCACUCCGUCUCUGGCUCCCGGGUCCCUAUGAUCUUGACUGGCUCGGCUGGACUUGGCUCGAAGCUGCAGGUGGGGUCCAAGUCCGUCCAUAUGUCUCUCAUUAUCUCGGACCCACGGCUUCCUGGGGCAUGUUCUCAUGGCACACGCGAGGCUUCUGCGUGCACACGUCCACUGACGUUUCAUCGGCUAAGCAAGUCACGCGGCCAAGCCCAGCCUCACGAGGGCAAGAAAGCACACUCUGCCCACAGCAGGAGCAUCAGAAGGCAAAUCUUGGCUGAAUAAUCGUCCCAACUACGACGCAGAGGA